AUGUGUCCCCUGGGCUGGCUGGCUGUGACCAGCCUGUGCCUGGGGACACUUUGGGCUGUCCCAGCCAAGGAGAGGAGGAAAGUGGAGAAGCCCAAGGCUGACCCGACCCUCUAUGAAAACCUGGAUUUGGACAAUUACGACCUGACCUUGGAUAACUACGGGGACAUCCUGGACCUGAGCAACUACGAGGAGCUCUACGACUACGGGGACCUUGUCCCGAAGAUCGAGGUCGGCACCUUGGCUCCUCGCCCCAAGGACCCCAAAACCCUCCCGGAGCUGGGUGAAACCACGGCUGGAACCCCAAAACUGCAGCCCCCGAGUUCUGCUGUGCCCCCAGCGCCCAUCCCCGGCCAGGCCCUGCCCUGCUGCCUGCUGUGCCUGUGCCUCGGCUCCUCCGUGUACUGCGAUGACGCCGAGCUGGAGCGGAUCCCGGCGCUGCCCCCGGACACCGCGUUCCUCUACGCCCGCUUCAACCGCAUCGGCGCCGUCCGGGCCGGCGACUUCUCCGGCCUCGAGAAGCUGAAGCGCAUCGACCUGAGCAGCAAUUCCAUCUCGUGGGUGGAUGCGGACGCGUUCCGGCUCCUGCCCAGCCUGCAGGAGCUGCUGCUGCCCGAGAACCGCCUGACGGCGCUGCCCGAGCUGCCCCGCAGCCUCGUCCGGCUGGACGCCAGCAGGAACCGCAUCCCCAGCGCCGGGCUGCGCCCCGAGGCUUUCCGAGACCUGAAGCAGCUGCAGUUCCUCCAUCUCUCUGAUAACCAGCUGGAUUUUAUCCCAGUGCCCCUUCCCGAGAGCCUGCGCUCGCUGCACCUCCAGCACCGCCCACCGCGCUGUCACCGCCGGCUGCGGGGACAUUCCUCGGGCCCACCGAGGUCCCCGAGCUGUUACCGCGCUGCAAACACCGAGUACAAGGUUCCUCCUUGA